AUGUGCAAAAAGCAGCGCCUCUUCUUGAUGCCCGCACUGACGUUCUUCGUCUUUGUCUUUUUGCGAAGGGUGUCGGCGAUGACCUUGGGCGGCAUCUCGAAAGCGUCGAAGGGCAUCAACCUGUCCGAGGACAUCUUCGGGGGAUGCAACUUCAUCCUCAGGGGAGGCAAGGCCACCCAGGCCGAAUACAUCCAGGUUGGCAAGGGGCGAGACGUAGGGCUCGGGCAGAUCACAGGCUUCGUGGCCAAGAUCAGCAUGGGCAACGGUAUGCAGGCCCGAUCCAGGGAGGUGCACCGCAUCGCGCAGCAGCUGGACAUCUUUCGUCUCCUGUCCUUCUUCUACAGCAGCGUCGGCUUCUACCUCAACCAGGUAUUCUUGACGCUGUCGAUCUGGCUCUUCGUGUACGCCAAGGUGUACCUGGUUUUCGACAGCCGCACGGCAGAUCUUGGGGCCAUCGACGCGAUAGUUGCGACGGUGGUCUCCACGGAGUAUGUCUUCCAGCUGGGAUUUAUGCUCGUUGUUCUCGUCCUGCUGGUGAUGGCGGUGGAGAGCGGGCUGUCAAGGGCGAUUCGCAAGUUCGUGGAGAUUAUCCUGCGAGACAGCGUCCUGUUCUUCAUCUUCCUUUCCGCCACCAAUGCCUACUACGUGAACAAGGCGUUCUUGACGGGGGAGGCGAAGUACAUGUCGACCGGGAGGGGCUUCGUUAUUGUGCACGACCGCUUCUUGCCGCAGUACUGCCGCUACCUCCAGAGUCACUUCGCGCCGGCCUUCGAGAUAAUGCUCCUGCUCAUAGUAUACUGGCAUUUCGUGUCCAAGCAGACGGGCUUCCAAUACUUUGCCGAGACCUUUUCGGUCUGGCUGCUGGUGAGGGCCCGCGUGUGGCUGGACGUGAUCAAGGACUUCGACGGGUGGCUGUCGUGGAUGAUGGCCGGGGAUGACGACCCGGACAAGAGCUGGCACGCCUGGUGGAUCCAGCAGAACGCCGUGUUUUCGUUCGUGCCCCCUCCUAACUCCUUCCCCCCCUUUGCCUUUCGCAGCGCCUCUGGGCGUCUGUUGGGCCUCCUGGUGUCGAUGGCGUUAGCCUCGGCCAUGCUCUUUCUGCCGGUCUUCAACAUCGUGGCGUUCGAGCAGAUGCUAUACUUCGCCGGUGCCGUCGGGUUCCUGUUGUACUUCUUGGUGGUGCAGGCCAGCCUGUCGUCGAGGGUGGUCGGGGGGGGCAAUAUGCACAAGGCGGUGGACGGGGCGGGGAACAACAUCGUCUGGAACACGUACAGGGCGGUGCACCUGACGAUCGGGCUGGUGAUCAUGAUCCCGACCAUGCUGGUGGCGUUCUUCCCCUUCAUGACCCCCUUCCAGACCCGCAUGAUGUUCAACCAGAACUUCAGCGCCAGAUUUACCUCCGCCAAGCUGUUCGCCACCGAGAGAGAGAGGCAGCAGGCGCGGGGCUGGAUAGCUGGGGACGAGCAUAGACGGGGGGGGGGAGGAGGCAGCAAGGGGAAGGGUGGCGGCGGGAGCAAAGGCCCCCCAACCCUGGAAGAAUCAUCGGGGAAUGGGUCACCACCGCCGCCGCAGUCGCCGCCGCACCGCGGCGGGCAUGGGAAGGGCAGGGGUGCAGUUGGUUCGGCUUCGCCGCCGGUGCGCUCUACCGCGCGCCACGACGCCGGCCGGAACUCCAGGACUAAGGCAGCAUGAAAACGCAGUAUGCGGAUCGUCGGUUCUGAGUGUGAACGGGGGCACGCAUGAACGCGAGAGUCAGGGCGUGCCGUGUCUACCCUUUGCGAUUGGCUUUCGAAACGGCGGACUGCGGUGAUCACUCCCGAUAGCUCGACGUCUACAAGGAUCCGCUUAGGUGUAGUGAGACAUCUCCCGAAAGCAGAGUUAAGUCACAGAUGUUCUUCGACUUCUUUUAGGGCGUUUUCUCGGUUGGGAUCUACCUGACCAAUCGAUUCCGCGAAUCUCUGCGGACAGCUAGACGUUUUGUGUUUUCUAUUACACCGGUCCCCCGAAGGUGUGUAAUUUUCUUCAUUUAGCAUCGCGUUGUCACCCGGCUGAAUGAUUAUCUCAUUUCUAUGGCCCUGCCUCGAGGCCAAGAAAAGGGCGUGCUCUUUCGUGUCUUUGCUAGGGUGUAUAGCUGAAAGGGGAGGUUUAGCUCUUGUACUGCGACAGAUGCAAUUUUGGGCAGUGUGCUUGUAUGGGUGAUAGCUUGUCAAGCCUAAGUCCCACGCUUAGAGAGUAGCAAUUGACGAAGUGGUCACGCUUGGUGCAUACAAAUGUAAGAAGUGUCGCAGUGUUCGAGGGUCCGUUGUUUUUGUGUGAAUUGACGAGGUCAUGCUCUAGCCAUGUUGGCUGGGGCCCCUCGCUCGGCACAUACUAGAAAGCACAAGUUUGCGGUUGAUUUUUUGCCCAGUGCUAUGUUGAGAGCUUCGGCCUCUGGCAUGGAUUGGGACCCGGAGUGCUCCUGCCCGAAACGACUUUGGGUGGAAUGGUGCUCGGGAAUUUGUGGUGUUGGCGUCCUCCCGGAUGGACGAAUAGGUGAAUAGCCGACAUACGCAGGGACAUAAGUUACAUGGCAUCCCGGUAGGAGUGUAGACUAGUGUGACCCAUUUUACCUUUCGGCGUACAGAACGAAGACAAGGCUGCUGCUGUAGCGUGGCAGGUGGUGCGAGUAUAAGGUUAUCGUGAGACAUCCCGGUAUUUUUCUGCUGUAGACCCAUUUUCUCGGUACAGAACGGAUGAAAGACUGCUGCUGUAGCGGGACAGGUGGUGCGCGGGUAGGUUAUCGUGAGGCACCGGCAUCAUCAAGUGAUACUACAUGGACCCGGCCGGGGGCGAGUUGCCACACCCUUUCGCUAAGAGUACAAGCCUGUUCGGGGAUGUAAGGCCGGUUUUGUUGGCGCCGUUCGAAGUUAGUUAGGUAGACUACUUGAAUUGUUGUUUCGUGUUGCCGUCGUACCGCCGGUCGCCCCGUUAUCUCCUCGCAACCUUCUAGGGACCAGGUCAGAGGCUCGAACCCCGGCGCAAGCGAGUUUUUCCGUGCUCAACGUGAGGGUUUUUCUCUCACGCUUCCGUUCCUGGCGGUGGAAAGCGCUGCAAAAUGCUGUAGUUCGUGUGGAGUGCGUACUGAGGGCAGA